CCGGCGUGCGGUGAUGACGACAUCUGGCCGGCGGCGGCGGCGGUGGAGGCUGGGAGACCGGGAGGGCUUCCGGGGCUGCCGGCCUGGCUGCUGAGAGCCGCUGUCAUGGCUGCCGCUCUGUGGGGCUGUUUCUCCGUCCUGCUGCUGCUCCUAUCAGGGGAUGCCCAGAGCUCGGAAGUGCCCGGAGCUGCUGCCGACGGAUCUGGAGGGAGUGGGGUCGGCAUAGGAGAUCGCUUCAAGAUUGAGGGGCGUGCAGUUGUCCCAGGGGUGAAGCCCCAGGACUGGAUCUCCGCGGCCCGAGUGCUAGUAGACGGAGAAGAGCACGUCGGCUUCCUUAAGACAGAUGGGAGUUUUGUAGUUCAUGAUAUACCUUCUGGAUCUUAUGUAGUAGAAGUUAUAUCUCCAGCUUACAGGUUUGAUCCUGUCCGAGUGGAUAUCACUUCAAAAGGAAAAAUGAGAGCAAGAUAUGUGAAUUACAUCAAAACAUCAGAAGUGGUCAGACUGCCCUAUCCUCUCCAAAUGAAAUCUUCAGGUCCACCUUCUUACUUUAUUAAAAGGGAAUCAUGGGGCUGGACAGACUUUUUGAUGAACCCAAUGGUAUGCUUUGUGUCCCUACAGGAGAUGGAGCAGUCAAUGAAUAUGCUGAAUUCCAACCAUGAAUUGCCUGAUGUUUCUGAGUUCAUGACAAGACUCUUCUCUUCAAAAUCAUCUGGCAAAUCUAGCAGCGGCAGCAGUAAAGCAGGCAAAAGCGGGGCUGGCAAAAGGAGGUAGUCGGAUGGUCCAGAGCUGGCAUUUGCACAAACAUGGCAACACUGGGUGGCAUCCAAUUCUUGAGGGAAAACCAUGUGAAGCAACUACUGUAAACUUGAGUCAUCCUGAAAGUUGAUCUCUUACAACUCUUGUAUAUGUUAACUUUUUAGCACAUGUUUUGUACUUGGCACACAAGAAGACCCAGCUUUCAUCUUUUGUCUGUAUGAGGUCAAUAUUGAUGUCACUGAAUUAAUUACAGUGUCCUAUAGAAAAUGACAUUAAUAAAUUAUAUGAAUUACUAUACAUUAUAUUAAAAUAAGUCUUAAUCCAGAGAUCAAA